AUGUUCGUGCGUUCCAUCCUUCUGGGUGGCGCCGCCGCUCUGGGCGCCAGUGCGAUGCUGGUGAUCCCCGAAAUGGCGCCUCAGGUGGAGGCGGUUGAGGAUGGUUUCCUGAAUGUUCACCCGAUGCUGCUGGAGGAUAUCCGUCACGCAGUGGUCGAUGUUCCUUGCCGGGAGUGUCCUUUCCGCGAAGUCGACCAGGAGGGCGCCGUCAGCUGGACUGAGGGCAAGUCGUCAUCUUUGAUGCUAGAUUUUACCAUCGAAGAUAACCGUCUGCUGGCUAACGGUCGCCAAAUCUUCCCUCCCGUUCCUCCCAGCCCUAUCCGCGCCGUUCAACAACUCGAAGAUGGCGAGGCCUCGGAGCCUAUGCCCGUCGGUUAUGCCCUGGAGGUGAUGCCUUUGGGAUCCCCCGACGACACCCCCGGAACCGACUUGCUUGAUAUCCGAUUCACCAUUCUCGACCUCGAGACUCACCCCGUCCCCGUCGACACUGUCGCAAUUACCCUGAUCCAGGACCCCGCUGGCGAGCUUUACAUCGCCAAGACCGAGAUUGAAAAGACCGCACCUCCCCCUGAACGUCUAUCCUGGAAGAAGUGCGAUGGCAAGCCCAAGUGCCUCCAGGAGCUCCUGUUCACUCGCGUGCGUGGUCUUCUGGCCGCUGCCAAGGACCGCGUCCUGGGUAUGGCUGGCAAGGGUGGCCGUAAGGGCUGCCACGGCAAGCACAAGGGCCCGAUGGGCAUGGGAGGCCACCACGGUGCUCCCAAGCACCACGAUGAGUUCUCCCCCGAGGGCAUGCCACCCGUCUCUGGAUUUGAGGACUUCUCCAAGGAGCAUCACGGCCACCACCACCACCACCAUGACGAGGGUGACUUCGGCGGUGAAAUGGGCGAUCGCCCCCCACGUCCUCCUCACGGCCAUGGCGGUCACCAUCACCCGCCACCUCAUCACGGCGCUUUCGCCCACACAUUCUCCCGUGUCCUCCGCUUCAUUGUUGUCCCUGCCAUCCUGGGUGUCCUGGCUGGUCUAGCCGCCAGUGCCGUCGGCAUGCUCGUUGGUCAGGCCGUUAUCUUCAUGUGGCAGCGCUACCGUGGCACCAAGCCUCAGGAGCACAAGGCUGCCUGGGAGCAGGGUGAGGCUUGUGAGAAGCAGGGCCUGAUGACCGAGACUUCUGAGACUUCACAGGAUGUUCUCCCUGAGUACAAUGAGUCCAGCUCCCGACGGGGAUCUUUGGAUAAGAACUAG